CCGGGGAUAUUGAGGCGUCAGCUUGUGGUUCUAGAAUUUGCUUUAGAAUUUACUGUUAACUACGGAAUACAUGCAUUAUAGUUCUAUAUGUAUUUUGGAGGUGCAACAUCGAAGUGGCAGAGUUGGUUGUCUCGCUGUUUGGGUAAAGUGGCUUAUCGAUAAAGAUCAACUAGUUAUAGAAAAGAAUUCCGAGUUUCUAAGAUUGAAUUGACAGCACGUGAACACGGGUCACCACAUUUCGCGAUCAGACGCGCUGUCAGACCCCAAAUCUCGGUAUGUAAUCUCGGUAUGUAACAGAUUAGAUAGCUUAUACGGUACACUUCCGCUCAUCCCCUAUCUGCACGUCGUGAUUUUACAAGAACAUAAGAGAUAUUUGCACCUACACAUGUCCGCUCACCUUGAUUUAUACCUGUAAAAUCAACAAAUUCAUAUACAACGAUGCCUCCUCGCCAGUCAUCUCGGCUUAAGAAAGUCAUUGCUGAUACUACCGCCAAUAUCAGCGCCCCUGCUAACGGGACAUCAAAAGCCAAGGCUAUAAAAUCCAAAAUCGCCGAAGAAGACGAUAAGGACGAAUCAUCUGCUGCUGUCGAGGAACCCAAGUCCUCCAAGAAACGAAAGGCAGAUAAGAUCGAAGACGAAGAAGAGGACCAGGCCGAGGACGAGCCUGUCGCCGAGAAACCCAAAGACGGGAAGAAGCCCAAGACUGCCGCCAAGGCAAAUACUGAAGAUCUAAUGGCCCUCGCCAAGCGCACCAUAAUCGACACUCUUAAGAAGUCUAUGUACAUUGGUGCACACGUCAGUAGCGCGGGAGGUGUGCACAACUCCGUCAACAACGCCGUCCACAUCGGCGCCAACGCCUUCGCCCUAUUCCUCAAGUCCCAGCGCAAAUGGGCCAACCCUCCCAUAGCGCCCGAAGCUGUCGACGGGUUCCGAUCCCUGUCCAAGCAGCACAAGUUUGAAGUCCACAAGCAUUGCCUUCCGCACGGCUCUUAUCUCGUGAAUCUAGCCCAGGCGGAGAAGGAGAAGGCCGAUCAAGCGUAUAGCUCGUUUCUAGACGACCUGCAACGCUGCGAGUCGCUUGGCAUCAAGCUGUAUAACUUCCACCCGGGAAAUACCAAUGGCGAUUCUAGAUCUGCGGCUAUCGGCAGGAUAGCGACGCAGCUGAACAAGGCACACAAGGCGACGAGCACCGUUAUAACCGUGUUGGAGAAUAUGGCUGGACAGGGCAACGUCAUUGGUUCCAAGUUCGAAGACCUGCGAGAUAUUAUCGAACUCGUAGAGGAUAAGAGUCGUGUUGGAGUUUGUAUAGAUACGUGCCACGCCUUCGCCGCAGGUUACGACCUCCGCGCCCCAGAAGCCUUCGAAGACACCAUGUCCAAAUUCAACAGCAUCGUCGGCGCCGAGUACCUCAAGGCCUUCCACAUCAACGACUCCAAAGCGCCCUUCGCCUCCCACCGCGACGUACACGCCAACAUCGGCACCGGCUUCCUCGGCCUGCGCGCCUUCCACAACGUCAUGAACCACGCCGCCUUCCAAGGCAUGCCCAUGGUCCUCGAGACCCCUAUCGACCGCAAGGGCCCCGACGGCAAGUCCGUCGAGGACAAGCAGGUCUGGGCCGACGAGAUCAAGCUGCUCGAAAGCCUCAUCGGCAUGGACCCCGAGAGCGACGAGUUCAAGGCUCUCGACAACCGGCUCCAAGCCGAGGGCGCCAGCGAGCGUAGCAAGAUCCAAGAUCAGGUCGAUCGCAAGAGCGCCAAGGAUGCGAAAAAGGCAGCCCCCAAAAAGGCCGCCCCCAAGAAGCGAGGCAAGAAAAAAGCCGCGGCUUCGGACGAAGAGUCCGAAUGAAUGAAGCGUCAAGAUGUUUGUCUCGGUUAUACUAGGCUAGGUAGGGUCUGGACACUCUUUGUAAGGAACAUUAUUGUAUUGAUCUAGAAAAUUGCAAGGCGUAUUGGGGGGGUAUGGUAUGUAAGCAUGUAAAACAAGUACCUAAUUCUACGCGCAACGCAACGCGGUGGUAUGAGAAGUAGGAUAGGUAGGCAGUUAGUUCAAUAAGAACCGAACCGAUUCUAUCCGCUACCAUUUCAUACCAUUCCGUAUCGUAUAAAGUGCCAUGCGCU